UUGUACAAACUGUGACUAUUCAACUGCUUGUGACAGAAUUUGAGCAUCCUUUUUGAUAGGAAUAAAAAAAUAAAAGAAAUGGACCCAACAAAUUCCAAGGCUAAUGGAGCUACCAAACUGUCACCUAAAGAAAAGACAUGCAAAGAAAAUGUGAUGCCCGUCUCGCAGCCAGUGCGUGCCAAGAGUUUGUUACGCGCAAACUUGGAGAGAUCUUGUGGCGGUUUAUUGCAAAGCAGAAUGCCGAACAUCAAAGUCUUCAGCGGUACCUCGCAUCCCGAUCUGGCGCAGCGAAUUGUCGACAGGCUCGGUAUUGACAUCGGCAAAGUUGUCACCAAGAAAUUCAGCAACCUCGAAACAUGCGUGGAAAUUGGAGAGUCUGUUCGAGGAGAAGAUGUAUACAUUAUACAAAGUGGAAGUGGAGAAGUGAACGACAAUCUGAUGGAGCUACUAAUUAUGAUCAACGCCUGUAAGAUAGCAUCUGCAUCACGUGUCACUGCAGUCAUUCCUUGUUUUCCUUAUGCCAGGCAGGACAAGAAGGACAAGGUAGGGGAUGGAGGUCAUGGUGGGGACAAAUCAAACUCCACUAUGACUCGCUUCGUCAUGAAGUCGAACGACUGGAAGUUCACGAGUCGUGCACCCAUCUCUGCUAAACUGGUGGCUAAUAUGCUGUCGGUGGCUGGUGCUGAUCACAUUAUAACCAUGGACUUGCAUGCUAGUCAGAUUCAAGGAUUCUUUGACAUUCCUGUGGACAACCUCUUUGCUGAACCUGCAGUUUUGAAGUGGAUUAAAGAAAAUAUUGUAGAAUGGAGGAAUAGUAUCAUCGUAUCACCUGACGCUGGUGGUGCCAAAAGAGUAACGUCCAUCGCUGACCGACUAAACGUUGAGUUUGCUCUUAUUCACAAAGAAAGGAAAAAGGCUAAUGAAGUAGCCAGUAUGGUGCUGGUUGGUGAUGUUAAAGACAGAGUAGCCAUUCUGGUAGACGACAUGGCAGACACUUGCGGCACAAUUUGUCACGCGGCGGAGAAAUUGUUGGAGGCUGGUGCUACCAAAGUCUACGCCAUUCUUACACAUGGUAUUUUCAGUGGACCAGCCAUUAGCAGGAUUAAUAACGCCUGCUUCGAGGCCGUUGUAGUAACUAAUACCAUACCACAGGAUGGUCACAUGAAAGACUGCCCCAAAAUUCAGUGCAUUGACGUUUCGAUGAUGUUCGCCGAAGCUGUGAGAAGAACCCACAAUGGCGAAUCUGUUUCAUACUUGUUUUCCAACGUACCCUACUAAAAGCGUUUUUGACACAACCCUAACCAGGCUAUGUAAGAGAAAUGUAAUCGUACGUUAAUUGUUUAUUGUUAAUAUCAUUUAAGUUGAAAAGAGGACUUGCCUAAAUGAGAUAUAUACUCUCAAGUAACAGGGGUAAAUUCCAUCCUUUAACCAUAAAUUCGGAAUCUCUAAAUACGUUUUUCUACACAAAUAAUUAUUUUUCUCGUGGUCAUUUCCGUUUCCGAGCGAUUCGAGAAGUGUUAUUAUUAAGGUUAAUGUUAUGUUUUUUUUUUCCCACAUCAAUUGCGCCACUGAUAUUAGACGAGUACUCUAGAAGAGUUUAUUCGGAUAAAUUAGUGAUUUUUCUUGAUACCAAUUGUUAGCAUUCUUAAAAUUUGUAUUUACUAUCGCACGCGUAGAAACAUGUUAUAAAUUUUUGCGUUUGUCAAUGCAAGGGAGAUACAAUAUCUCAAUAAUAAUUCGUACGCAUUAGCUUAGAUCUAAACGAUUAUAUGUUACUUCCUUCGAUAUUUAAAACGUUUACCAAUUAAAUUUUUACAAAAACAAAGAACACGAAUCUUUCCGAAAUUAUUGAAGCUAAUGCGUGUAAAUAAUUCACUGCUUGAACAGUGCCAUUAGAUGUCGUCUCAUCAUUAAGCAUCAUGGGUAUUAAAAAGAAAGAAUAAAUAAAUUUCUACUUAAUGUCCCAAUAGGACUAUUGGGAGCCAAUGUGUUUUAUAUAGUUUUCUAACUUUUUUUUUAUUAAAUAAAAAAUGUCUCUCACGCUGUUAGCGACACUUUUCGACCAUUAAAAAAUAUACACGUACCGAUAUCUGAAGCCAUUUUCAGCGGGAUAGUUUUUCAUUUGCUUCCGGAAGUGCUGUGCCAUUUACCAACAUAUCUUUUCAAUUUUCUACAAACGAACUGGAUAAUUAUUUAUUGUUGAUAGUUAAAAAAAUAAUAUAAAGACGUCCAUUACAAUGAUGAUAUGUAACAACAAAGGAAGGAUAUUGCGACUACAUACAUUUCUACAAUAUUUCGAGCGAUACAUGAAAUAUGCGAUAUACGUAGCGAAAUAAGUUUAUCGAAGUGAGAUACCUGUUAUCUUUGAGUGAAAAGAUGAAAGGUCGAUUAUCAAAUUUUUGCGUGCUCUCAGUACGCGUGAAAUGUGUAGCCACAUGAUCUCCAUUCACAAUAAAUCAGUUGAUCAUUGUGAUUGCGUUACAGCAAUUAGUACACGAAUUUAGACUGUAUCCGUUUAAUAAAAUAGUUUUAGUUUUACUA